UGCGGCGGCGGUGCGCGGGGUUGGUGGGUGGGUGCUGUACGGGGAGGGUCACGCUGUUCGCUUCCGCCGCGAUGCGGGAGCGGAGGCCGCCGGCGGCGGUACCGGUUCGGUGUAAGUUGGUUCUGGUUGGCGACGUGCAAUGCGGGAAAACGGCGAUGCUGCAGGUGCUGGCCAAGGAUUGUUACCCCGAGACGUACGUGCCAACCGUGUUCGAGAACUACACGGCGUGUCUGCUCAGCGACGGGCAGCGCGUGGAGCUCGGGGGGGGGGGGGGGGGCAGCUCCGGGUCUCCCUAUUACGACAAUGUCCGCCCCCUUUGCUACAGCGACUCCGAUGCUGUUCUGCUCUGCUUCGACAUCAGCCGCCCCGAAACCUUGGACAGCGCAUCCAAAAAGGUGGGGGGGGGGGCAGCAGGUCCCAUAGAAACCAUGUGGGGGUCUGCCCCCCACCCUGCCCCACAUCACAGGUGGCCCUGUUGGGGCUCCCCAUUGGGUUAUAUGGUGGCCCCAUUGGUUUCUAUGACUCCCCAUUGGGUUAUAGGGCUGCCCCAUUGCUUUCUAUGUCCCCCCGUUGUGUUCCAGGGCUGCGCAGCCGCCCGGCAGCUGGGAGCCGCGAGUUACCUGGAAUGUUCGGCCUUUACAUCAGAGAAAAGCGUCCACAGCAUCUUCCGCUCCGUGUCCAGCAUCUGCCUGAGCAGCCCCCCCCCCCCAAAGACCCCCCCGAGCCCCCCCCGGGGUCUGUCCAAGCGCCUCCUGCAGCUGCCCACCCGCUCCGAGCUCAUCUCGUCCGCCUUCAAGAAGGACAAGGCCAAGAGCUGCUCUGUCAUGUAAAUGGGGAGGGGGCGUAGGGAUGUGCCCCCCCCCAUCACCCCAUAUGGGCCCCCCAAUAUGGGGGUGGGGGCCAUAUGAAGCCCCCCAUAAGGAUGGGGUGCCCUCACACAUCACAAUGCUUCCCCCCCCCCUCCACAUCGGUGUGUGCUGCGACGCCAUUAGCGC